AUGAGAAAAGCCAAGUGUCGUCCUGUCCUCAUCUCUCUAAAAACAGCAGGAAAAAUCACGGUGGUCUUCCAUAUUGACGAAAUAGGAAACUCCGGAAACCGAGUGAAAGGCGGGGCCUGCUGUCAGGGGCUCACAACGACCUGUUCUAAGUUGUGUAAGCCCGUCAUAUCAGUGUGCAUCUACAGGGAUGAUCCUAACAACUGCGAUGCCUCAGCGGUAACAUCAGUCAACCUCAAAACCAACGACCAAAAAUUUGGCACUCACAUUGGAAAUAUGUCUAAUCCUCUCUUUUUGGAAAUAGAUAAUUGGGAUAAGUAUAAGUCAAGGUUCCAAAUAAUAGUCCACGACAUGGGACCAACAGACACGCCCCUUAUUUACCAGGCCCAGUUUUCUGAUUUCUCUGUGAUUGUUGGAACGGAUGAACUAAGUAAAGUUUGGAGAGCAAAGACGUUAAAGGCAAGUUGGAUCUCCUCCAACAAUGCUUUCAGAUUACACAUAUCAUAUAAGCUCUACUGUUCCUCUGGCUUUUAUGGACCAAACUGUGAUAUCUCAUGCCCUCGAAACCCCAACAAAUGCGUGCAUGAUGGAAAAACUUACUGUAAGACAGGAUGGAACGGUACAAACUGCGAUCAGGACAUUGUGGAGUGUAAUGACCCAGGCUUUUGUCAUUAUGGGCGUUGCGUGAAUACUAUUGGAGGAUAUUACUGCGAAUGUCCUGAUGGACUGACGGGUACCCAAUGCAGGUUAGAUGACGAUGAAUGCUUCUUUGAACCCUGUAAUGGAGGAUCCUGUCUGAAUACCCUGGGCUCCUUUUCUUGUUCAUGUCCAGGUGAAACAACGGGCAAAACUUGUGACCAACUGAUUGCUAGCAGGUGUUCAGAUUCAACAUGCCAUGGUAACGGAACAUGUAAAAUGAUAUCCAAUGGUAACAGUACGCAUGCACAGUGCAAGUGCAAUUUCGGUUACAUGGGAGCAGAUUGUCGACACCGAGAUUAUUGUAGUAUUCACGGUUGCAUUAAUGGUGGUACUUGUGUUAAUACUGCUGACUCAUCUUUUUGUGUUUGUCAGACUGGUUUCUCGGGUAAAGAUUGUGAACUGCAUGACUACUGUUCGAGUUAUCCUUGCAGCCAUUCAGGAACGUGCACAAACAUCUACAACGGUUUUCAAUGCGACUGCGCCAAGGGGUAUUCCGGUGUAACAUGUGAUGUUCGUGACUUUUGUCAAAAUCAAAACUGCAGUAAUCACGGCGAAUGCUUUAAUGGACAUUCAGAUUUUCAUUGUGUAUGUGAAAAUGGUUUCUCGGGAAAAGAAUGUGAGCAGAUCGACUUUUGUUUUAACGCGACCUGUCCGCCGGCUCAGAAAUGUGUUAAUGGCAAAAGUGGAUAUUCAUGCGUUUGUGCGGGUGGAUUAACCGGAGACAAAUGUGACAAAUUGGAUCGAUGUUACUUUGACCCCUGUCAUAGUCAUGGAAUAUGUUCAAAUACAGAUUCUGGUUUUACCUGCAAUUGUGAAGGCGGUUGGACUCUAGCAGACUGUAGCAAAAUCGACUAUUGUUAUGUAGAUCCGUGUAUACAUGGUAACUGUACAGACUUGGCCAAGGAAUUUCAAUGCACAUGUGAGGAAGGAUGGGUUGGAAAAAAAUGCAAUGACACAGACUUUUGCUUAAGUGAUCCGUGCUACCACAACGGCACAUGUUCAAAUAAGAUUAAUACUUUUGAAUGUCUGUGCCCAACAGGAUGGACGGGAAAAAGAUGUGAAUUGGUUGAUGAUUGUUUGAGUACUCCAUGUCAUAAUAACGGGAGUUGCUCAGUGGAUAACAAAGGAUUUCACUGCGCAUGCUUAUCUCGUUGGACAGGUCCAACAUGUCUCGAAAUAGAUUUUUGCUCGGGAGAUCCGUGUCAAAAUGAUGGAACUUGUAUAAAUGGAUUAACUGGGUAUUUCUGUCAAUGUCCUGAUCGUUUUACAGGAGCAAAUUGUGAGACAAAUGCCUGUGUCAAUGAGACCUGCAGUGGGCAGGGGUCUUGUAAGGCAUUUGGUGGGGGGUAUAUUUGCGAAUGUGAUGAUGGGUUCGUAGGAUACGACUGUGAAUACACAGACCCAUGCAAAACAUUAAAGUGUUUAAAUGGCGGAAACUGUACGGUAUUACAACAUAAUUAUACAACCUCCACCUCUUUAUAUUUCAACUACACAGCAGCAUGUAUCUGUCCUUUCACAUGGAAGGGUGAAAGAUGCGAGGAAGAUGUUGACGAGUGUCUCAUUAAAUCAACAUGUGGAAGGCAUGGACAUUGUUCAAACAGUAAAGGGGAUUUCACCUGUUUCUGUGAUCCUGGUUAUGAGGGCAAACAUUGCGAGAAAGAUAUUAAUGAAUGUGCCUCCAUGCCCUGUAAAAAUAAUGGUACUUGCGAGAAUAAAGAUGGUAAUUUCCUUUGUCGAUGCGAUCAAUUUUGGACGGGAACGACUUGUGAUCAAGACAUUGACGAAUGCAGGUACCAUCCGUGUGAAAACCAAGGAAUAUGUAAUAAUUUUCCGGGAAAUUACUCAUGCACUUGUGGAAAAUUCUGGAUGGGUAGGCAUUGCGAAAAACAUAUUGAUGCAUGUCAUGCGCAGCCAUGCAAAAACGGUGCAACAUGUAUUGACUUAGACACCACCUUUUAUUGCAAAUGUGAUUCAAGAUUCACAGGUCGUCAUUGUGAUGUUGAUGUUAACGAAUGCCUAACACAAUACCCAUGUCAGCAUGGGGGUACAUGUGUCAAUACUGUAGGGGGAUUCAACUGCAAUUGCACAUCCUACUGGGAAGGACCACAUUGCGAAGAAGACUUCGAUGAAUGUUCCUCAAGUGUUUGUCCUAAUGAUACCGCAUGUGUGAACAAGCGCGAAGGAUAUGAAUGUCAGGAUUGUUCCCUAUUCUCAUGUUAUCAUCAUGGUACAUGUAUAGAUUCCCCUGUGUCUGGUCCAAAAUGCCAGUGUCCGCGAGAUUGGACUGGAGAUCAUUGUGAACAGCGAGAUUUUUGUCGUUUCGACCCAUGUGGUCCCCUUCAAGUGUGUAAAAAUACUGAACAUGCUUACAUCUGUGACUAUCACCCAUGUUUGAGUUCUCCUUGCCAUAAUAAUGGUACCUGUGUUGAGGUUCGAAGUGACAUUCGCUGCGAUUGCACAAAAGGUUGGAUGGGUGAUCUUUGUCAAGUAAAAGACUAUUGUGCCAGCAAUCCUUGCGUUCACAAUGGCACUUGUCAAAAUCUUGCAGAUGGUUUCAAAUGCACCUGUCCACCUGAUUGGUUAGGAGAUACAUGUUCUGUUUACGACUAUUGUUAUUCUAAACCAUGUUUGAAUGAUGGAGUCUGUGCAAUCAGACCGAACACAUUUCAGUGCUUGUGCCAUCAACAAUGGAUGGGAAAAAAAUGUGAUGUUCGAAAUUACUGCUAUGAAAUGCCAUGUGAGAACCAGGGGAUAUGCACCAAUACAAACUCUUCCUUUAAUUGCUUGUGCUCAAGAGAAUGGAUAAGUCAUAACUGCAGUGUCUAUAAUUAUUGUUUUAAUCAACCAUGCAAGAAUGGUGCCACAUGUAAAAACAUGCCUUCAAAUUUUACUUGUACAUGUCAACCCGGGUAUACAGGUCGACACUGUGAAACAGCGAUCGACUAUUGUGCUUCAACGCCAUGUCAAAAUAACGGGACCUGUGUGAAUUCUCCAUAUGGCUAUUUUUGUACAUGCGCAGCAGGCUUUGUCGGACAUAAUUGCCAAACCGACCUUGAUGAAUGCAAAAUUGACAUGUGUCCGGCUAAAUCAUCCUGCUUCAAUUAUCAUGGGGGAUACACCUGUAUAUGGGCUUCCCAAACAGCUAGGAUAAAACGAAAUUCAUUAGAAAUGGCAUCCUUGAAGGUGACAGUGCCGAUAGAAUGGGAACACGGAAGUUACGUAGCCUUGGUGACACGUAUACAAAGUACUCUGGAUUCUUCUGUAUGCUCAAAGGAAACGGAAGUAGAACCGGAAAAGUAUAAAAUAAACUACAUAUCCAGACAGGUUGCCUUUUCAUUUAAAGCAAAUUGUUAUGGAGAAAACAUUGACAUCUCAGAAGCGGAAAAGGUCAUACGUAAUCUGAUAUCAUCAUAGAAAUACAUCUGGUGUACCUUAUGAUUGAUGAGGACUUAAAAUGCAAA